AUGUCGUUCCAAAAGCCCGAGAAAGACUUCGGCGAAGGCCCCAAAAUCCACAAGAUCCGCAUCACCCUCACCUCGCGCAAGGUCGCCUCGCUCGAGAAAGUGUGCCAGGAGCUCAUUGACCGCGCACGCAGCAAAUCGCUCAAUGUUAAAGGCCCAGUCAGACUCCCCACCAAGACCCUGAAGAUCUCCACCCGCAAGACCCCCAACGGCGAGGGAAGCAAGACCUGGGAUAUGUACGAGAUGCGCAUCCACAAGCGAUUGAUUGAUCUGCACGCCCCUACCGAAACCGUUAAGCAGAUUAUCAUCAACAUCGAGGCUGGUGUUGAGGUUGAGGUUACCAUUGCCGCAUAG